UGACAUUUUUGACAGUGAUUCCGAACCCAACCUACGAAUAAAGCUUUAUUCAUGUUCUGUGUUGUUUUUAAUAAUUCUAUCUUUAUAUGUUAAUAUACACAAAAUGAUUUAUGUGUAUGUUUUUUUCUAACAAAGAAAAUUGUGACCAAAUAUAAAGAAAGUUUUUGAUAAAUUAUUUGUCUCUAUGUGACAAUACAAAAUUAACAUUAUACUUGUCAAACGAGAUGGAAUUUAGUUCACAACGCGAUGGCAAAGAUAACAAGUCGAACUGGAAUUUUCAUGAUUUAACUCGUAACGUUUUAGAAAUGAAUAACGAAAAUUUAGUUUUUCAACAAAAUGAUCUGUUUCCUUCAGCUUUUCCCGUUAUGGCCGAUAUUCGAAGACAAGGGAAACUGUGUGAUGUCGUUUUAAAGGUGGAAGGACAAUAUUUUAGUGCUCAUAAGAUAGUUUUAGCUUCGACCAUUCCGUAUUUUCAAGCGAUGUUCAUGAACGACAUGAUUGAAUCUCGAAAUAAGGAAAUUGAAAUAAAAUGUAUAGACGCUAUGGCGUUAGAAGCGCUUGUAAAUUUCGCUUAUACAGGAAAAGUAACUUUAGAUAAAAACAAUGUGCAAAGUAUUAUGAUCGGAGCGUCUUAUUUACAAUUAAAUAAAGUUAGAGACGCUUGUGCUAAUUUUUUAUUACAAAGGAUACAUCCACAGAACGCUUUAGGUUUUAGACACUUUGCUGAUUCCUUAGGUUGUUCUACGUUAGCAGAAUUGGCGGAAAAAUAUAUCGAGUCGUAUUUUCACGAAGUUUCCCAACACGAAGAAUAUUUAAAUCUAUCUUUAAACGAAAUAAAAGAUUUGUUGAUUAAAAACGAUCUCAGAGUUGACAGCGAAGAACAAGUUUUUGAAGCGUGUAUGAGAUGGGUGAAACACGACGUUGAAAUAAGAAAAGACAGUUUACCGGAAUUAUUGUCCCUGGUACGUCUACCGUUACUAUCCCCCUUAUACAUAACGGAUAGGGUUAGGAACGAAGAACAAAUCAGAUAUUCCAUACAAUGUCGAGAUCUAGUGGACGAGGCUCUAACUUUUCAUUUGAUCCCAGAACGAAGGGCUCUGAUACAAAGUUUCCGCACCGAACCGAGGGUGUGCGACAUCAAAGGUCACAUAUUUGUCGUGGGGGGAUUGAAUAAACACGGUGAUUCGCUAUCCACGGUGGAAUAUUACGAUCCGAAAAAGGACGAAUGGAAUAUGGCGCCUUCGAUGUCGAUGAUGCGGUCUAGAUUAGGCGUGGCGGUUAUCAAAAGUAAAUUGUUCGCUUUCGGGGGUUAUAACGGUAAAGAUAGAUUGGCCAGCGUGGAGGUUUACGACGCAAACAAAAACGAAUGGUCCAUGGUGGCUCCGAUGAUAUGUAAACGAAGUGCUUUGGGAGCUACGGCUUUGGGUGAUAUAAUUUACGUUUGCGGAGGGUACGAUGGUGUGACGUCGUUGAAUUCGGUCGAAAGGUAUCAUCCUAGUACCAAUUCGUGGUGUUCAUUGGCGCCGAUGAAUAAAUCGAGAAGUGCCGGAGCUGUUAUUGCUUGCCAAGGUUAUAUUUAUGCAUUGGGAGGACAUGAUGGUUUAUCUAUAUUUGAUUCAGUUGAAAGGUACAAUCCUACGUCUAAUAGUUGGACGGAGGCUCCUCCAAUGCUCACUAAAAGAUGUAGAUUGGGUGUAGCGAUGUUGGGUGGUAAGCUAUUCGCUUGUGGGGGAUAUGAUGGAAGUUCCUUUCUCCAAUCCGUCGAAAUGUUUGAUCCGACAACAAAUAAAUGGAUUUAUGUCGCCCCGAUGAACGCCCAAAGAAGUCGCGUAGCUCUGACGGCGAAUAUGGGGAAAUUAUGGGCAGUAGGGGGUUACGAUGGUAUAUCUAACCUUGUCACCGUGGAAGUGUAUGACCCCAAAUCUGAUAAAUGGACUUAUGCGGCUAAUAUGAUAGCUCACGAAGGAGGUGUCGGGUUAGGUGUGAUUUCGAUACCUUGAAGUUGAUUCAAAAGGUUAUUGGCAAGAACAAAAUGUUUUAUAUUUAAGAGAAUAACUAAAGUUUGUAUAUAAUUGAAAUUCCAAUAUUUAUAAUUAAAAAUAAUAUAUUAUGUAUUGAAUUUAUGCUAUAAAUAAAAAUUUAAUGUAA